AUGCCCGCACCCUCGAAUGUGAACGCGCCGCAAAUGAAUCAACCGAGGCUCAAGGCUGUCGUAGAUGAUGUCACGGACUUGAAGGCUGAAUUUGCUAGGUACCGUAGCGAGAACGACAGGCGUGUGCAAGUUUUACACACACAGAAUCAGCUGCAGCAGAGUGAGCUUCAGAUGCUGAAGGCGAGGCUGGCUUUCGCAGAGGAAGCUCUCAACAUAGAAGCAGACGAGGGGGUAGAGCAGCUGACAGAGCCGGUUGAUGGUGAACGUGCCAAAGGUGGACCUGUCAACCACGAACCUGCGGCACGCAGCGCUGCAGGUGAUGGGGACGAGGAAGCUGGCAGUGGGCCUGAAGAUGAAGCCGCAGCCGUGCUCAGUGCAGCUGCAACGAAGAGCAAAGGUAUAAAGGUGUGCACCUUGUUGUCUGGAAAAUGA